CGCUUCUCUCCAAUAUUUUGUCGAACCGAUUGAGGGAAAAAAAAAGAGAAAAAGAAAAGAAAAAAAAGAAGAAGAAGAGAGAACUCGAACUCUCGCCUACCAUUUCGCCCCCCUCCGCAAGCAAUCCACCACUGCAUCGGCGGCGAGGGCUCACCGGCGGCGAGCCAUGUGCGGCGGCGCCAUCAUCCACCACCUGAAGGGGCACCCGGAGGGGUCGCGCCGGGCGACGGAGGGGCUCCUGUGGCCCGAGAAGAAGAAGCCCAGGUGGGGCGGCGGCGGGAGGCGCCACUUCGGGGGGUUCGUGGAGGAGGACGACGAGGACUUCGAGGCCGACUUCGAGGAGUUCGAGGUGGACUCCGGGGACUCGGAUUUGGAGCUCGGGGAGGAGGACGACGAUGACGUCGUCGAGAUCAAGCCGGCCGCCUUCAAGAGGGCCCUCUCCAGAGAUAACUUGAGCACCAUUACCACUGCCGGAUUUGAUGGUCCUGCUGCAAAGUCUGCCAAAAGAAAGAGAAAGAACCAAUUCAGGGGCAUCCGCCAGCGCCCUUGGGGUAAGUGGGCUGCUGAAAUCAGAGAUCCUCGCAAGGGUGUUCGUGUCUGGCUUGGCACUUUCAACAGUGCUGAAGAAGCUGCAAGAGCUUAUGAUGCUGAAGCACGCAGGAUUCGUGGCAAGAAGGCCAAGGUGAAUUUUCCAGAGGCUCCAACAACUGCUCAGAAGCGUCGUGCUGGCUCCACCACUGCUAAAGCACCCAAGUCAAGUGUGGAACAGAAGCCUACUGUCAAACCAGCAUUCAACAAUCUUGCCAAUGCAAAUGCGUUUGUCUACCCAUCUGCUAACUUCACUUCAAACAAGCCGUUUGUUCAGCCUGAUAACAUGCCAUUUGUUCCUGCAAUGAACUCUGCUGCUCCUAUUGAGGACCCUAUCAUCAACUCUGACCAGGGAAGCAACUCAUUUGGCUGCUCUGACUUUGGCUGGGAGAAUGAUACCAAGACACCAGAUAUUACAUCAAUUGCUCCCAUUUCAACCAUAGCUGAAGUCGAUGAAUCUGCAUUCAUUAAGAGCAGUACCAACCCAAUGGUCCCUCCUGUUAUGGAGAACAGUGCUGUUGAUCUGCCUGAUUUAGAACCCUACAUGAGGUUCCUUCUGGAUGAUGGUGCUGGUGACUCAAUUGAUAGCCUUCUCAACCUGGAUGGAUCACAGGAUGUUGUCAGCAACAUGGACCUCUGGAGCUUUGAUGACAUGCCCGAGCGAUUUCUAUUGAGGAAUUCGAAGUCUUCUAGUCGGAGCAUGUACACAGGGAAAAAAAAGGAAUAAAUACUAUUGGAGAUUGGGAGGCACCUGCAUGGCACCUUGGGGGUAGCAUAUCGUUAUGUUUAGCUUAGAUGCAAAAGGCUGCAUCCUGAAACUCUUUGGUGAUUGGACCUGUUCCCUAUCCGCUGUCUAUGUAUGGCAGCCAUCUAUGAGACUCAAGAACUGCUUUUUUUUUUCCGUUCUAGUUUUCUGUCGUUGCUACCUGUAUAUGGCUAUGAACAUCGUGAAUCCAUGGCCAUUAUGUUUUAAUCUAUGUUGUUGACUGCUCUUUCUUUCGGUCUUUGCUGUGCUGCGCUAUGUUGGUGAUAACUAGCUACCAUAUUGAUUUUCUGUACAUAAUUCAUUUGUUGAAUCCGAAAUUAAAUAGUGCAUU